UGUAAAAAGAAACGAAACACGCCCAACUUCUAUACGCCUGCCUGGGCUGGCUUGCUUAAAAGCAGAAUGUUUUGAUCUGACACCCGGGAGUCACAGUUCAACUGAACUUUUGUCUCUCAGGUGCACAUUGCGCUCCCAUCCUUUCUGGAGAAUACAAAGUAAGCAAGGCGGCCCCAAAAUGUCCAGCUUCUCGUGUUUGCUGCUCUCCUUGCAGGGUGCAUGGGCAGCCGUGAUAAUCCAAGUCCCUUCAUCCCCAGUCCAGGCAGGGCCACACUCUAAUGUAUCCCUGCCUUGCCACUUCUCCUUAGACCCUCCCAGGCCCAUAAACGUUGAUUUCCUGAUUGUGAGAUGGUCGCUGAGAGGAAAAAACGUUGCAAAGUUCGAUACCAGCAUCACAGUGUUUAGACCGAGGGGAGCAGUGCUUGAUGCGAGGCGGCUGCCAGAGGGAAACGCCACCCUCUACCUCUCGGACGUAAGGGAGGAGGAUGCCGGGGAGUAUACGUGUUUUGUUCUCCAUACUCCUGACAGUGCUGAAGGGAAGGUGGCAUUGAAAUUAGAAGCUCCCCCACGCCUAACACUCGGCCCCACAGAAGUGCCGUUGGGAAAACCAAUCAAUUUGACAUGUACAGCAUCUGACUUUUACCCUGCCGGUGUCUCUGUGAAGUGGCUGCGAGGCAGUGAGACUGUGAAAGUUGACUCGCCCCCUGCCAAGCGUGGGACCAAUUACCUCUUCUAUGCAGAGAGUGUCCUGGAGUUCACACCACAAAUCUCCGACAUUGGUGUCACCUUCUCAUGCCACAUCCAACACCAAGCAGCAAAAGACCCAAUCCGUCAAGAUAUUAAGCUGAAGGUGGUAGCUCGCCCAGAACUUCAUAUGCUCACCAGGCCACCAGGGAAGAGGUUCUUGGUAGCGGAGUGCCUAGUGUGUGGGUUUUACCCACAAAAUGUUACAGUGCAGUGGCUGCAAAAUGGGGAGCCGAUACAAGGGAGAAUAUACGAGUCUGAACUUGAACAAAAUCCUAACGGGACGUUCUCAACCGGAAGCGUCUUCUUCCCAAAUCAGGACCAUUUUGCAGCCAGUUAUGCCUGCCAGGUACAACAUGAAGCACUGGAGGCACCACUGGAGGAGACGAUCCCCUGGAAGCCAGAAGGAUACUUUGGAUCACCGAUGGCUUGGCUUCUAGGAUCUCUGGGACACCUUGUGGGACUUGGCAUGGGAGUUGGAGCGAUGUUGAUGUACCAAAGGCGCAGAGCAGCCAAGUAUAAGCAAACUGAACCGAAUGACGAAACCCUCCUGAAGAUGUCGAAGGUCAAGAGGGAAAAUCCAGAUGAAGUUUUUGUUAUUUAACAGUCCACGGAAUGACAUUUUGGCACAGGGUUGUUCCAGGCAAUGAAAUAUUGUUCCAUUUCAUUAUGUAUUUCCUUAAAAAUGCAUUUCCAGUAUGAUAAUUGCAGGAGGCUUCGUUUUAAAGUCAAGGCGAUUUAAAUCAUUUAUAUUCAACCUUCCAUUUUGAAAUUAUAUACAUAUAGUAGAGCUCUGCACUCUUCGGGUAUUCUAAGAAACCAAGGAAUAUUGAGGCUUUUAAGAUGGAUAUUAUAAUUUGUUAGUUUCAGGGCUGUGCCUCUCCCAACCCAGGGCCCCAAACGAGCCCAAGGAACACCUGAUCCAGCCUGAUCUUCAUACUGAUGACCAGUUGUGUUGUGACAUACAAAAGAGUGCCUAGCUUGAGGGUUGGGCUACUGUUUAAUUAAGGUUAAUAAACCCUUCAUGUCAGGAGGCAGGUUGGGGAACAAGAAGUAGCAUCUCCUUGCCUCCCCGCUCUGACUGGAGCAUCGAGAGCAAGAGGGUUCAAUCCUGCCUGGUGCUGCUUCACCAACACAUUCCCCAGGCUGCCUCUCCUCUUUCUCCAUCAUUUCCUUCCCUGUCCCAGUUUGUGUGUAAUAUGAUUUCUUUUCUCCUUUAGUUUUUCACCUUAUACGCUGCAUUAUCUGUAUGGCUAUACUUUAGCUUCACCUGUUCCAAGUUAUGUUUCUUGUUUUCUUGUGUUCUGAAUUCUGUAU